AUGGACAGAUACAUAAACUGCUUUCGCCGCGGCGGCGACGGAGCGGAGCCUGUGAAAGUCACGGGAGCUGCCGCCUCCGUCGAAGAGUCUUCCGAAGACCAAGGCAAUGCCCCGCCCGUUCCGAAGCUCAUGGUUGGCUUCCCUUGGAUCCGCGAGUUCAGCUACAAGGAGCUUCAUAAUGCGACCAAGGGCUUUAAGAAUAUCAUCGGAGAGGGGGGGUUCGCAAAGGUGUGCCGCGGGCGGGUGAUGCUGCCUGCAGGCGACGGCGCGACGAGGGAGAUUGAGGUGGCAGUGAAAGUGAUGCGAGUAGAGCCAUUUACGGAUGAAAAGCUCAAGGCCUUCGAGGCUGAGGUGGCAGCCAUUCCACAAGUAAAACAUGCCAACAUUCUGAGUCUGGAAGGCAUAGCAAUAAGCAAAGAGCAGCGACCGCUUUUCGUCUAUGAGUACAUCCCGGGAGGUGACGUCAAGUCACUUCUCCAACAAGUCCGCAGGAACGAAGACCAGUUUCCCUGGAAGGAGCGUGUGAAGGUUGCGCUGGGGUGUGCCGAGGCGCUAGCUUUCAUUCACGAAAAGGGGCUCAUGCACCGCGAUUUCAGGUCGUCAAACGUGCUUCUGCGAGAGGAUCGCACUCCAAUUGUGGCCGACUUUGAAUUGGCUCCCUUCAUUGAGGAGUGGAGCUGGUCUCCGGGUUACCUGACCCUGGCCGCGAAAUUAAGUUUAAAGAGUUGA